AUGUGCUGGCACAGGAUUUUUGGAUGUACUGUUUGCUCUGGAAAACAAAACUGUAUCAUUCGUAAUCAGCUAGUCCAAUGCCGCCCGACCGAACUAACUUAUCUCGAGAAAAGUGAAGAAGAAACUGUUCCCACAAGUGGAUCUGGCAUAGUGCCACCAGCUGUCAGUCCUCGGAACAGGAUUAGCCCAAUACACUGUUCAGUAUCAGAAGAAAAAUCUAAUCGUAAGAACACCGGCGUGGCUCUGCUAUUUUGUCCAAUGGAAGAGGAAGUCCCAAAUUAUAGUCACAGUGGAGACUACGAAUCGUUUCAUCAAUCAUUUGGAGGUCCCAAAGAAGCUAUGCCGGUGGAAUUACUGAAUGACGGUGUGGUCUGCAAACAUACGGAUCAAACGACCGGCGCGAAUUCACGUCCCAGCACAGAAAUAAAUUGCCUUCUGACUUUCAACGAUAACCCGGGGCAUCAACUGGCCAGUAUGAACCAAGUUGGGGAUUUCCCAAGUCAGUGCGAUUCAUGUGGUAGUUUGCUCACUCCAGAUUCAUACAACUCUGGCCGGCAUACUCAUGUGGCUCCCAGCAUUCCUGACGUGAGUUCAACCAUCGUUCCCGGUGAUCAACCAGCUCCUACAUCCACAACAGCUGGAAUUCGUUGGACAGUGUAUGAACAAGAUAAUGGUUACGCGGGAACGUUUGAGGAAAACGAACGAUUUCGUCCACCCGUACCGACAAGGUUUUCUCUCCAACUGAGCUCAGAAGGAUAUCCACCACUGUAUCGCUCCGAAUCGUUUUAUGGGGAAGAUGCUCGAGCUGGAUACACAUCCACAACGCACGAAAUUCGUUGGACUCAGGUGGAACAGGAACCAACUCAAAGUUCAGACAAAUACCAAAGUCUAACUUUGCCUCUACCGGUCUGUCUUAACAUUAUUCCUCCCAAAUGGGUUGAACCACAUUGCUGCUCAUUACAACCAAACAGUUACGAUAAUUCCCAGACUGAAUCAGCUAUUCCCACUUUUCCCGAUCCGUUCCGGAUGAUGGAUGGAAAAUGUCUACAUACGCAGGAACUUCAACCGGAGAGAAUUCCAGAUCCAUUCAGCCUAACUAGUCCCAUUCGCUCGCCAACGGAACGAACAUCCACACUGAAUGAUCCGUACGUGCUUCUGGUCACCGAUGAGGCACCGUAUGCAACUCAAACGCUAAACGAGUUCACUUGGCAUGGUGAACACUCGAACCAAGUCACACUUCGACAUAGCUCAAUGCUUGUCGAUCCGGUCGGCUAUCCUCGACAGGGAUCCACGAGCAUGCUAGUCCAGUACUCCCCUAUUCAUCUACCGGCUUCUAUCUGUCCAGCUUCACCCUCUUCCAGUCUGUCUGAAUACAAAUUUCGUUGUGGUCGAUGUGAAGCACUAGCCGUGCAGAGGCAAAUGAUCAAACACAAGUACACACAAACAACGAAAAAGUCACCAACUAAUAUCACAUGCUUGCCGAAUGUGACGUUAAAUUUUGUCCUCAUUUCGCCCCCGAUUGGCAGUGAACCACCACCGGUCAGUCUUCGUUGGGGAUUGGCUCAUGAAUUCCGCGAAAUAAGUUGGAAUUCACACAUUUCCAGACAUUCAUUCGAUCAGCCCAUGAAAAAGGAUGCCAAACUUAAGCUGUGUGCCUCUGUGUUUGACAGCGAUCUCAAACGCACCGCCCUGAUUGGAUCAGAACGUCUGGCUCCCCUUCGUAUUCGGCAACCACCUUUACCACAGCCGGUAAAAUUUGUACCAUUUGAGCGUUUACGUCCACCGGUCUCGUCUACAAACUCCAAACCGAUGAAAGGUAUGAAAGUUGCUGAAAUAAGUCGCAUUGAUGUGAAUGAAUUAGAAGAGAUCAGUUUAAACAAUCUGAGUACAGGAAACUCGGGUGAAAGCCGAUCCGUGUCUGGAGCUCGAGGUGUUUUAAAUUGCACUUAUGUGGAGGUUCUUAUUCGUCGAAAUCUGGAUUGUGUGGCUUCUCCAGCUUGUUUAAACAAUUCCGAAUCUCGUAUGAUUUUUAAUUUAUUAGACCGAAAGUUACAGAGUGCCAUAGCUAUGCAAUUUCUUGCUUGCAUUGACAAAACCCGAAAGAAAGCCUUACUCAAUAACGAAUCUAUGGGGUCAUGCAUUCCUGAGGGUGGUGACUCGGAGGUUGUUAUCAACAGAAAAGCAAUCUUGACGGACGAGGUCCCGGAUUCCGGCAUCCCGGGUAAGCUCGUUGAUCCGCAGAAAACGAUCCAAUUGCCUAAAUGCCAUUCCACCUUAGGAAUUUGUCGUAAGAGAGCAUGCAGUGGUGCUUAUGUGUUUACCCAGGGACCGCGCCAUGUGAAACCACCGAGGCAAUGGAUGGAUCAUGUGCGUCCCGAGGCAACAUGCUCUGAGUUUCAGAAGGUUGCCGCAUGGAAGUUAGAACCAAGCGGAAUAGUGCUCGGCGGGCUCAUCAAUCAUGAUUACCAUCUGCAAAUUGUUGUCAGUUCCAAUGAUGGCCGACUCGGUGCAAUCUUUUUACAAGCGGAUGCACUAAUGUCGGAAAUGUGUAAAAAAGGAGCCAUGUAUACCAGGAAGAAAUGCAGAAUUUUCGAUCCCAGAAAUCAACGAGAGAACGGUCUAUUCGGAGACUCGAUUCGAAUGUUUUUCAGGUGCCCGGAAAUAGCCCGACUUUUGUCUUGCGAUGUGGAAGAUAUGUCAGUCGCACUGGGACUUGAGGAGUUGGGUUUGAGUGUGUUUGCUGUUCCGAAAAAAAAUACAUUCAGUGGUCGUCAGAAGUGGGAAAAUGUUGUCAUGUUCACUAGGGAUGGUCGUUCCUCGAACGGUCGCAAUCGUUUAAGACAAGUGGUUGCUGGAGUAAAACAGUUACGAAUGGUCGCAAUGGAAUUGGCCAAAUCAAGAAGUAAUUCGAACAAGCGAGAUAUACAACCAGUUGAAGGUGUGGAGUAUUUGUUUCAACGAACAAUGUCCAGUCCAAAGCAACUAUUGAAUUACACAAAACUAUAUUUGACAAAAGGUAUGAUUGAGAAACUAAAAGACCGGUCUACAAUAUACGAGGGGAGUUUGGCACACUGCAUUCGAACGACAGCCUAUUGUCCCACCUACCUGUAUCCACGCGCUUCGGAUCCGGAUGCCUAUCAGCUAUACGGGUGUUUAUUUGAUCCGAUUCUGAAAGCCAUAAAUUGCAAAUCCCGAUCAAAACUUCAACAGACUCCGGACUAUCAGCUACCUGGCUCGUUACAUGCCAAACUGAUUCUACCCAAUGUGAUCAGCUAUCGCGUCAGAUUUGUACGUAAUGUGGCCGGUUACGGAUUCCCUGCUGUCAUGUCCCUAAAUGACUAUCUCAUGAUAGAGAAAAUGUGCAAGGAAGUGUUACUGCAGUGGACAGAAGAGGGACCCGGUACCUGGUAUCCACUGGCUGAUUUUCAAGAACAACAUCCGGGUUUGUAUAGUUCUUUGUUGAAGAAAAACCUCCUGGUCCCUCGCAAAUCAGCAGCGCGAAAAGUGAGCGGUGUCUGUCGAUUCUGGCCGGAAGGACGAGCUAUUUACAUUGCUCCAAACAUUUGCCGCGAUUGUGAUUUGGUGGUUCAGAUUAACGGCGAUGAUCAUUUGAAGGUCAUUUGCGUGGACUGGACAGGUAAACAACCAAAUUUGGCCUACGCUCGAGCGAGUAAACUAAUGCACUGGCUUGACACCCGGAUAUGUUUUAGCCGAAAUAGUCGAUGGGGUUUCUUGAGCCCCGUCCCCGAGAAUGUCGGUACCGGGAUGCAGUUCAGUGCGCUUGUGAAAUUCCCGAAUGCAACAAAAGAUCCCGAACUGUUUGAUCGUGUUUGCACAAAGUUCCAGCUACAAGUACGCACAAACUGUUCCAAAGGAUUGAGCGUUCUUCACAAUGUGUUCGAAAUCGCUCUCCAGUCAACUUUCGGCCGAACUGAGGCCGAAUUGGCAGUCAAUUUCUUACAAGGACUAACACGAAUCUGCCAUCUUUAUGUGAAACAAUCGGCUUGA